CAGGCAUAUGCUUAUUCACACAGGAGAGAAACCUCAUGUGUGUGAAGUAUGUAAGAAGAAGUCAUUUAAGCGGAAGGAUCAAUUAAACGAGCAUAUGCUUAGUCACACAGGAGAGAAACCUCAUGUGUGUGAAGUAUGUAAGAAGUCAUUUAAACGGAAGGAUAAAUUAAACGAGCAUAUGCUUAGUCACACAGGAGAGAAACCUCAUGUGUGUGAAGUAUGUAAGAAAUCCUUUAGUCAGAAGUCUACUUUAAACAGCCAUAUGCUUAUUCACACAGGAGAGAUACCUCAUGUGUGUCAAGUAUGUAUGAAGUCAUUUAGUCUAAAGUCUACUUUAAACUCCCAUAUGCUUAUUCACACAGGAGAGAAACCUCAUGUGUGUGAAGUAUGUAAGAAGGCCUUUAGUCAGAAGUCUCAUCUAAGCAGGCAUAUGCUUAUUCACACAGGAGAGAAACCUCAUGUGUGUGAAGUAUGUAAGAAGUCAUUUAAGUGGAAGGAUCAAUUAAACAAGCAUAUGCUUAGUCACACAGGAGAGAAACCUCAUGUGUGUGAAGUAUGUAAGAAGUCCUUUAGUCAGAAGUCUACUUUAAACAGCCAUAUGCUUAUUCACACAGGAGAGAUACCUCAUGUGUGUCAAGUAUGUAUGAAGUCAUUUAGUCUAAAGUCUACUUUAAACUCCCAUAUGCUUAUUCACACAGGAGAGAAACCUCAUGUGUGUGAAGUAUGUAAGAAGUCAUUUAAGAUCAAUUAA